GUCCGGAAGUGAAAGAGACGGAAGAAGAAAAUGGAGGCGGCAGUGUUCAUCCUGUCGUUAGUGGACUGCUGUGCACUGAUUUUUCUGUCAGUCUACUUCAUCAUCACUCUGUCUGAUCUGGAGUGUGAUUAUAUCAACGCCCGAGCAUGCUGCUCCAAACUCAACAAGUGGGUGAUUCCAGAGAUGGUGGGUCAGUGUCUCUCCACCAUGCUCAUGCUCGUCUCCAUGCACUGGUUCAUCUUCCUGCUCAACCUGCCUGUAGCUGCCUGGAACAUUUAUAGGUACAUGAAGGUUCCCAUGGGGAACAUGGGCGUGUUUGACCCCACUGAGAUCCACAACCGGGGUCAGCUCAAGUCCCACAUGAAGGAGGCCAUGAUUAAACUGGGCUACCACCUGCUCUGCUUCUUCAUUUACCUGUACAGCAUGAUCCUGGCUCUGAUCAACGACUGAGGCUCCGCCAUGAUGACCCUCUGACCGCCCUGCUGCCAAACUCGAGACCCCUUCCUCUCUACUCUCUCACAUCUCUGAGGUCACUUCCUGUCUCUGUCGUCACAGUCUCAGAGUUUAGAUGAAUAUUAAGGUUAAUAUUUAACCAAUCAGCAUUCAGAACCGUCAUUACGCUAUCGAAGCUUUAAAGCAGAGACCUUUUUUUUUUUUUCAAACAAGCAUGAUCAAGCAGAGGUGAUGUCAUUAGAGGCAGAUGGAGCGCUCUGAUUGGCUGUUGAGGUUUUUUUUUUUUAACUUGUGCCUUUUCUUGUUCGUGUUGUUUUAGUAUCUUUUCUCAUUAACAGACAAAUUUAAACUCCAGUCCAAAAUCUACUGUGAAAACUCUGAGACCACGUCUGUCAGUAUUUAUCAGACACAUCACAGUUUGAGGGAUUCACAUCAGUAAUUUUGUUCAAGAAUGACAUUUUAAAUGUGGAUUUAACAAGUUAACGACUUUAUAACGCCCACCUGGAGGCUGCUGCGUUGAUUAAAGAGUGUUAAACUGGAUUUAACUGUCCACUAGUUCCUAAGUGGACCGCUGUCUUCAGUUAAAGCCUGUUUAAUAGUUCUGUGUUACAGCCACACCAAGGUGGCUGGAAUGAUGACCCUGUUUCUAAAACAAACCAGACAUGUUCCAGAGCUUCUGGAUUUUAUCAGACAAUCCAUGUAAAGGUUCUGAAGUGUGAUAAAAACUCUGGAUAGUGACGACAGCAGAGAUCACAGACACAUGGAGCCUUACUCAAACCUCUCCCUCCUCACUCCUACUGAACGCUGUCUGAGCGCUGUCCAACGGCGGUCUGAAUGCUGUCCUAUCACUAAUUGAAGCUCCUCGAUAAGCUGUAGGGUUAUAAUACAGCAACACGCUCUGGGACAAACAAACCUCAAAAUCACAGGAGCUUUAUCUAACCAGCGUUCGUUUCCCAGGAACAAAAGUGUUCUCAUUAAUAAUGGUAGGCAGAUGCGAUAAAAUCCUUCCACAAUGUUAGAGAAAAACCUGCAGAUUUGGUCGUAUUUUUGUUUUCAAGCAUCAUUAUGGUUUCAGUGUGAUAAUUAGACGAUUUUGCAGACAGACCUAGCUGUAAACACGUCAAAGAAACACAGGUGCUAUUUGCAAGACUGAGCAGUCAGGUCUUGAUAUUGGUACAAACAAGUGCUGCACACUAUACUGCAGAAUUUCAAGAUUUUCUCUUGCAAUUUCAAAAUAAUCCAUAAUCCACUCAACCUGACACGCCCAUCUGGAAGACCUUCAAUACUUAGCGUUUGGGAAAGGCAGAAGAUUUGAAAAAAACUUGGAGUGUGAUUGGAUUAAUGUUCUGUCACAUCUUUACAGGCCAACCAGAGCAACAAAACAUGUGACGUAGCUGUGACCGAGGUGAGUGUGUGCAGCCACCGAGGAAUAACGCGAACCAUGGCGACUGUAGGCAUGUUGGACUCGACUUUUGUCAUUUCUGAAAAGAAAACAACUCAAUGCUGUUCUUUGUUCUUCUUUCAACAAAGAAAUGCCAUC